AAAACAUUUGCCUUUCUCUUUUGAUCGCAUAUUUUAAUACUCUUGUGAAAUAAACAGUCGAGAUCGGAGAAAGUCAUUGAACAGACAUUUAACAAUGGAUAUUGGGUUGUCGUUUGCAAAAUAUGUUCUAUUCCUUUUCAACUUGUUGUUUGCCUUGCUUGGCAUAGCACUGGUUAUGAUUGGAAUUGGUGUUAGAAUAAAUCUCGUAGAAUAUCAGGAUUUCAUUGAAGACGUUUUGACAUCCCACCCGAUUUUUUUGAUCGUUGUUGGCUGCGUUAUGUUCUUCAUCGCAUAUAUGGGCUGUUGUGGUGCUAUCAAAGAACAAACUGGCAUGCUAUGCUGUUACUCGUUCAUGAUGAUAAUACUCGUUGGAUUGGAAGUCGGACUCAUUUGUGCCGCUUAUUCGAAAAGAGAUCAAUUGAAGGGCAUUGUCGAUGAACGACUUAAUUACACACUCCAUCAUGCUGAUAAAGAUCAAUCGUACUUUGCAUCUUGGAAUAUGUUGCAAACUAAGUUGAAAUGCUGUGGAAUUAACGGUCCAAAUGAUUGGAAUCAUGUUCUACCCAAUGACAACCUGCCCGGAUCAUGCUGCCAAAGAGCCGCUGACGAUAAAACAUGCAGAAUAACCGAAGCCAUACAGACUGGAUGUAAAUCGGCCUUCAUGGGAUUUUUGAAUAGCCACACUUUUACGCUAGUUUGUUAUGCAAUUGGAGCUGUUCUGAUUCAGCUUCUGGCCAUCAUAUUCCCUUGUUGCUUGUUUUCAGCAGUACGAAGAGAUGAGCGACUACCUAGAAGAUGGAACCGACAUUAAAUUCUAUAGUUCUAUGAGUAAUACACUCUAUGGCUGGAAGAGAGGAUAAGAAACUAAACAAAUUACAUUCGAAUUCAAUCGUAUCUUUUUGGAUCUAGUCAAAAUGACUGAUUGAAAAUUGUGUGUUAGAAAACUAAGUGCCAAAUUUUAACAAAAAAAAUUCCGAAUCUUCCGUUUUGAAUCUUGAAUCCAGUGUCGAUCCUUUAGCUUCACGAUUACACACAACUCGAAUUGUUUCAUAUUUACAUGAUCCACAACGGAAUAAUAUAUCUUCACCAGACGAAUAAAAUUAGUUUCAGAUAAUUCAAGAAGAACAAUCGAACCCGACCAACCUCGAUGCAGUAGUGGUCUCGAGGCAGCUGUUUUAUAUACUUUGACCCAUGUAAAAAUGAAUUAAAUAACAUCUGAUUAUGUUUUAUUUAAAAAAAAAAAACGGAAAAGUGAAUGGUUAAUUAAUCAAAAGCAAAUCAAAAACAUUCUGUAGGUUCAAUUUAAUAAUGUCAUCCUUAAGGAACGAGUCAUUUUUGGUACAGAAUAAAAUUUCAAUUAUGAAAAAAA